AAGGAGCAGCAGAUGACCAAGAAAAGCAGAAGAGCACAAAAAAGAAGCCCCCUGCUGCUUUGAGGGAGGAGGAGGAAGAGGAGGAGCCAGUGAGGAAGCUGAGUAGGGACAGCAGUACUCCAGAACCAGACGCGGGCCGGGACUCUGAGCCUGGUCAGACCGACCAUGAAUACUCCUCUGGGGCAGGAGGGAAGCAGGCUGGGGGGCCCCAACCCAUGGCCCCUGGAGUCUUCCUUACACAGAGACGACCCUCCACAUUUUCAUCAUCUCACAACAAUAACAACAACAACACAGCCAAGGGGGAGCGAGGAGCCGCAGGAGGAGCAGGUGGAGCAGGAAAGGGUGAUGCAAAGGGCGAAGCGAAGCGGCUAAAGAAAGGCAUGGCGACGGCCAAACAGAGACUCGGAAAGAUCCUCAAGAUCCACCGCAACGGGAAGCUCCUCCUGUAACAGGAAGUGACUCGCUACGGAGCAUUGCCAUUGGCUCCUGCAGUACUCUUAGCAUAUGAACUAGCUCCAUCUCCUUUCCUUUGAUUGGUGCUGGGCUAACAGACAGACUGAAACAGUCAACAUUGGUUUUGCCUAUACUUAAAAAGUGUACAGAAUAAUUGCUAGAAAUAUUUUUUAAGAAAAAUGUGUCAUUUUACUACAGUCAGUUUAUCAGGGGGUCGCUAUGCUAUGCGUUAAACUAGGGCUGUGGCCCAAACGGCAGCCUAUUCCCUUUAUAGUGCUCUGGUCAAAAGUAGUGCGCUACAAAGGGAAUAGGCUGCCGUUUGGGAGGCGACCAAGAAGUUCAUCCAGGACCCUGAAAGUAUCCCUUCCAUGUAUUCAGUUGGAUUAAAGAUGUUAAAGAUUUAAAGAUGUUAAAGAUGUUAAAGGUUAAAGACAGUUUAUAGAGAAUUCAGUCCUACUAUUUCCAUGGGGGUUAUCAUUAACCUUGCAAUAUUUGUUUUAGAAUUUAAGAAAUAAUUGUUGCUUUCUGUCCUCCCAGACCAGACUUAGCCGGAAAUACAGUCUGUUUGUGCUAACAUUCCACCCCCAGACAUGUUAGGCGACAAGGAGUGGAAUGUUAGCACAGACUGGGUUUAGCACAGACACGCUAAACCCACACCUUCACUAGAUACACUCACCUCCACGUUAUUCCUUUGUUUGCUAAGCACUAUCAGUUACGAUAUAUUUAUUGUCCUAAUAUACUGUUUCAUGUUAUAGACGUGGAAAGGAAAGCCAACAAGGCACUUAAUAAAACAACUUGCGAAGGGAAUUUCACAUGUCAGAUAUGAUGAUGGUUCCAGUGUUCUACUGGAUUUCUCUGGUCGUUCUCUGAACGGUUUGUAAAAGAAACACAAUGAGAAAUGGUGUCUUUCUUUGAACUAAUGUUUUCACACCCAAACAAACAUAUCAACAUUAUUUCACAAUGUGCCAUUACUUCCGUUUCAAGACUUUCUUAAGAUAGAUAUUGUGAUUAUAGACCGUAUGAAUUAGCUACUUUAAAGACUGUAAAACAAAUAACCAAAUGUGUAAUAUAUUGUUCUAAAUUAGUACAAACAGUAUAUUACCACAGCUGACAUUCACAGUAAAUUAUCCUUAAAGGGAUAUAAUGUGGUAUUAUUAUCAUGCAUUAUUUAAUAAGGAUUUAUUUGGUAUUUCCAUAUCAAUAUUCCAUAAUCUAACAUUGACUGUAUUGCCAGUCAAUUGAAAUGAUCUAUCCCAAAUGGCACCCUAUUCCCUAUAUAGUACACUACUUUAGACCAGGGCCCUAUUCCCUAUGUAGUACACUACUUUAGACCAGGGCCCUAUUCCCUAUGUAGUGGCCAACUUUAGACCAGGGCCCUAUUCCCUAUAUAGUGGCCAACUUUAGACCAGGGCCCUGUUCCCUAUGUAGUGGCCAACUUUAGACCAGGGCCCUAUUCCCUAUAUAGUACACUACUAUAGACCAGGGCCCUAUUCCCUAUGUAGUGGCCUAACUUUAGACCAGGGCCCAUAUCUAACUCUCUAAAGGAGGAUCGUUAUUGAAACACUAAUCAUGGGCUCCUGAAGAUGCUGUAAAUCCCAUGUGUUCUAUGAUGAUCGGCCUCAUCCAGCUCUCUCACUGUGGCUACAUGGGGAUACUUUCACUCCUCUGUUGGCUUUAAGGCAGCAACAUAACCUUCACCUCUGAAAUAUGCAUCAUUUCUAUGGCUUGUUAUUCACAGUACAAUUUGUAGAAUGUAGCUUGUACAUAGCCUUUUACAGGAAUACUUUUUCUAUCCUUUUUUUUCUCCCUUAAUACUUCAUGAUUAUACAUUUCUACUAGUUUUUUAUUAUAAACAAAAUAUAUGUGAAUAUAUAGACAUGAGUCUUUUUGAUUUGAUGAGACCAAUGUUUGUUUUAUGUUUGUUUUUAACAUUGUUGUUUGUUAUUAGACUAAAAGGUGUUGCCUGGAAAACAACUGAAGAACAAAAUAACUUGAGUUGUUGUAUGGCCUUACAUUACUACAUUCACACAGCUACAUUACUACAGACACACAGCUACAUUACUACAUUCACACAGCUACAUUACAUUACUACAUACACACAGCUACAUUACUACAUACACACAGCUACAUUACUACAUUCACACAGCUACAUUACUACAUUCACACAGCUACAUUACUACAUUCACACAGCUACAUUACUACAUUCACACAGCUACAUUACUACAUACACACAGCUACAUUACAUUACUACAUACACACAGCUACAUUACUACAUUCACACAGCUACAUUACUACAUACACACAGCUACAUUACUACAUUCACACAGCUACAUUACUACAUUCACACAGCUACAUUACUACAUUCACACAGCUACAUUACAUUACUACAUACACACAGCUACAUUACUACAUUCACACAGCUACA